CUUCGGGAUGAGUUAGGAAACAACUCAGCACCCAGGAUCUGGCUGGUGGUUGAAAGUGCCGUGACGCGCAGAGGAGUCCCCUUCCCUCACGUCUUCCGCCUCCGCCCCGCGUUAGAGGCCUUGCCUCCGGGAGCCGAGGGAGACGUCUGUCCAGCCUCCCGUUCCUGCCCAGCCGAGCUCUCUCCCUCUCCCUCUCCCUCUCCCUCUCCCUCUCCCUCUCCCUCAGAGCAGUCGGCCACUGCUCUUGUCCGGGAGGGAAACAGGCCCGCUCAGCCCUGCUUCCUCUCUUUGGCACCCUCCAGAGGAGCCCUUCGUUGCUCUGCUAGGCCUCCGAGCGCCUUGCCAGGCUGGAAAUCCAUCGUGGUGCUUCUGUCUGGGGCAGUGCUUGGUUGACACUGCUGGGAUGCCACAGAAGCAGGGCCGUUUUCUCUGGUGCUCCAGCAGCCAUCCGGGUCUGGAAAGAGUGAAAAAUUGGCCCAACUAGAUGUCCCAGCAGUUCCAGUCACUUGCAAGGAAUUCAUGAUCACAUGACCCUGGAUAUGGAUGUCGUCCUCUCAGAUUUUGUCCGCUCAACUGGGGCAGAGCCAGGAUUGGCAAGAGACUUGCUUGAAGGGAAAAACUGGGACUUGAAUGCUGCACUGAAUGAUUUUGAGCAGCUGAGGCAGGUUCAUGCUGGGGUCUUGCCCCGUUCCUUCAAUGAAGGUCGCACUUUCAAAUUUGUGGAGAAGGAGAUUGCCCGGAGCAUCCGGCCACAGCUGCAGCGCCAAGAUGACAUAAUUCAAGAGAAACGUUUAUCCCGAGGCAUUUCCCAUGCCAGCUCCACCAUUGUCUCACUGGCUCGCUCCCACGUCUCCAGCAAUGGCGGCAAUGGCAGCAGCAGCAGCGAACACCUCUUGGAGAUGCCUAUCUGCACCUUCCAGCUACCUGACCUGAAUGUUUACAGUGAAGAAUUCCGUAACUUCAUUGAGCGGGAUCUCAUUGAGCAAUCAAUGCUGGUGGCACUGGAGCAGGCUGGUCGUCUCAACUGGUGGGCCAAUGUGGACCCCAACUGCCAAAGGCUGCUUCCCUUGGCAACAACGGGUGAUGGAAAUUGCCUGCUGCAUGCUGCAUCACUAGGCAUGUGGGGUUUCCACGACAGGGAUCUGAUGCUCCGCAAAUGCCUUUACGCCCUUAUGGAUAAAGGAGUAGAAAGGGAGGCCCUGAAGCGGCGCUGGAGGUGGCAGCAGACCCAGCAAAAUAAAGAGUCUGGCCUAGUAUACACAGAAGAAGAGUGGCAAAAGGAGUGGAAUGAGCUGAUCAAAUUGGCUUCGAGUGAGCCACGUAUGCAUUACGGCACCAGCAGUGGGAACUGUGGAGGUGUUGAAGGAUCUGAGGAGCCUGUGUAUGAGAGCCUGGAAGAAUUCCAUGUUUUUGUACUUUCCCAUGUGCUGAAGAGGCCCAUUGUGGUUGUGGCAGACACUAUGUUGCGGGAUUCUGGAGGAGAAGCAUUUGCUCCUAUACCCUUUGGUGGCAUUUAUUUGCCCUUGGAAGUUCCUGCCAGCAAGUGCCAUCGUUCCCCAUUGGUUCUGGCCUAUGAUCAAGCCCAUUUCUCUGCCUUGGUAUCCAUGGAGCAAAAAGAACCCAUCAAGGAACAAGCUGUGAUCCCACUGACAGACUCUGAACACAAACUGCUUCCGGUACACUUCGCGGUGGAUCCCGGGAAAGACUGGGAGUGGGGUAAAGAUGACAACGAUAACAUCAAAUUGGCAAGCGUGACACUUUCGCUGGAAGCCAAGUUGCAUUUGCUGCACAGCUACAUGAACGUAAAGUGGAUCACUCUGCCUUGUGAAAUGCAGGCACCUCUUGCACAGCCAGAAUCUCCAACUGCUUCUGCAGGAGAUGAGGUCCGAUCAGCUGCAGACUCUGGGGAUUCGGAUAAGGAGUCGGUUUGUAGCAGCUCAGCAAGCAAUAGUGGUAGCAGCAGCAAGACCGGUAGUAAGGAGAAGGAGAAGGAGAAACCAAAGAAGGAGCGGGAGAAGGACAAGGAGAAGAAACGGGCUGACUCAGUAGCCAAUAAGCUUGGAAGUUUUGGCAAAACUCUGGGGAGCAAGCUAAAGAAAAAUAUGGGGGGGCUGAUGCAUAGCCGAACAGUCAAAGGUGGGGUGAGCAAUGGACAAGGGGAGACCUUGGAGAAGAAAAAGAAAGGCUCCAUAAAAAUAAGGAAGGGCAGCAAGGAAGAGGCAUCUUCUGGAGAUUUUUCAGCUCCUCCUGAGAAGCCAUGCUUAGCCAAGACAUCCACAGAAAAGCAGCCUGAUAACUGCAAAUACAGUAGCGAUGUCAAGUUGAGUUUGAGCAUCCUCCGAGCUGCCAUGCAAGGGGAGCGCAAGUUCAUCUUUGCCGGCCAGCUGAAGACCAGUCAUCGCCACCAAUACCAAGAGGAGAUGAUCCACCGGUAUCUCUUGGAUGCUGAGGAACGCUACUCUGCAGAGCAGAAACAAAAGGAGGCCGAAAAGAAGAUAGUGGCAUUGGGCAAUGGUGGAGCUGCCAAAAAGAUUGACUCAGAAGGCAGUCCUCUCAAAGGAGAAGAGACUCUGCUGAACUCCAUGGACCAUCCAGUACUGUCGCCAUAUAGUCUCCAGAGCUCAGAUCUGGCCACAGUGGGUACUAAAAUAUCCAGUUUUUCCACUGGCCACUCAGGAGUCUUCACCAUUCCCCGACCUUCUGUGAUGAGCAACAUGGAAAGCACCUGUCCUCCUACUUACCAAGAUGGCCGAAGGCAAGUUGCUGGAGGCCUCUGUGCUCCUUUCCCCUCUUAUGCUACACUGCCCAGGCAGUGUGCCCAGGGCCGUUCUCACCUGCCCCAGCAGGUGGGACACUUCUGUACUACAGAGAUGGAUAUGCCACCUAGUUAUGUGGAGGUGGAUUGUGAUGGCUCUUCCUGUCCAGUUCUGCCCAGCAAUGGCUAUCAAGAAUGCACAGAGCCAGAUGGCAGCUCUCCAAAAGGUGCCCAGGGUGACCAGAGCAAAACAUGGCUACUGUACAGUGUACAGCAGACCAAAUGCAAACAGCCCAACUGCAGUUUUUAUGGGCAUCCAGAGACUGGACAUUUCUGUUCAUGUUGUUACAAAGAAGAGCUGAAACGCAAAGAACAGGAGAAAGAGACACUGAUACAUCGGUUUUGAAGAAACAAGGAUGUGCAUUUCAUAUCUGGACCCAUGGGAUAUGGGGAAUGCAAUAAUUUUCUCUACCCCUGCCCCUGUUCCCCAUCUCAUUAAGGAGAAGGGUUGGCCAGUUGGGGUUGGUAAGCUGCUUAUGGGAGCCCUUACUUCUGGGAAGUGUGGAGGAAAACUCCAUUAGAGAGCAAGGGCUGCUACAGUGAUGUGUUGGGGACAGUUCCCUGGAAGGUGGGGGUAGAAUUCAGGGAGGUUGCAUUUUUGUGCAAGACUUUAGUUGUUGAAUCAAGCAAAUCCUCUAGACCAAAGCUUUGAAUUUUGAAUUCCAAGGUUAGAGAAAAAACAAUGACAAAGGCCUCUUCUUAUUUGAUCACCCUCCAAUAUAUUUUUUAUUUUUAUUUCAAAGGGAUUAAAAUUAGCGUUCAGAUUUUUCUUAAUGCCUGAAACUUGGAGGCUCUUUAUAUUAACAGUUUUAUGUCUUUUUUAUUACUAUUUUUGUGUCUCUGGGGUAUUCUGACACUAAACAUAGACUCUGUUGGAAAGGAACUAUUCUGAAGAGUGUGUAAAGUUCAGUUACCUCCCUGUUCUUCUGAUGCUGCCUCCUUCCAAAUCCACCCACCUUUUCCCACGAUUGUCUAGUCUUCUGAGCAUGCCUGUUCUAGCUAGCGUUAGCUUCUUUAGACAAGUUGGGCUUCAGAGAUUAUUUUUUAAAAAAUAUAUUUUAAAACUCUUGUCAGGAGCUGAAUGUGGUAGGUGGGAAAGUCAAGUCACAUACUCUGUGUGUGUGUGUGUGUGUGUGUGUGUUGAGAGGAGGUUUUUACUGUGAAAAAAUGAAGCUGUUCUUGAUGGAAUCAAACCAAAUUGAGUAGAAUUUUGGAGACCAGGAGUGAAAUCAGCGGGGCUUUAAUAAGAGCAAUAAGCCACUGCAGAGAGUUUUGAAAAUGAAGAGAUGAAAGAUGGUAACCAGCAUUGCAACAAGUAUCCUUUGCUAUCUGAUUUUGCUGCAGCUACUUUAAAAGCAUCAGAAGAUACAUCUAUAUAACGUUUUCUUAUCUGCAGAGAACAACCUUCCUUCUGUGCGAGCUAUUUUUUUUCCCUAGACUACCUCUGUUCCGAACAGAAAAAAAUCUGGCUUUUUUUUCUGAGCCUAUACUCUGACCGGAUAAAUACUAAAGAAUAUGAAUGAAUAUGAAAAUAAAAAAAACAGGGCUACCUUUUUGUUGGGGAAUAUAAGACAGAAAAUAUUCUUUGUUCCUUGUGGGGGGUUUUUAAUACAGUACAUUAACUUCCCAUCACCUCCAGCCUUCAGAAAUAUUGGUAUUUUUUGACAGCACCUGAAUAUUCCUACCUUUGGUGCUGCAGCAUCUGUUGCAAAUAUCUUUCCAGCAGAUAGAUAAGGAAAAUGGCUAUGAUGGCUGGGAACUCCCUCCUAAUCAGAUAUUUCACAUACACACACACAUACCAGUUACAUUUUGACUGAAUUUUGAGUAGUGGAUCCGUUUUUUGUUUUGGCUCCUUUAAGAGUCUAAAACUAUGCAAUUAUUUCCCACCCAGCGCUGCUGGGUUGGGGCAGAGAAUUGCAAGUGUACUUAAUAUAUAAAACAAUAUCCCAACACUCAUGGCUUUCUUUAAUGCUCCUUGCACUGCCUUAAUAUGGACAACAGCGCAAUGCAAACUGAUGACAAAGUAUGAUGGUUUCUUGUUUCUUUCCUAGAUAACUUUAUUUGGGGAAGCAGCACUAUCAAGAGGAAAGUAUGUAUGUAUUGCUAUGUUAAAUUUGUCAGGAGCUACUGCAUGGUAUAAAAUUGAAGCGGGGUUUGCAGAAAAGGGUACUGAGACAUACAGAAUGGAUUUGCACCCAUAGUUGAUAGCUCAUCCACCUCUCUUGCUGAAUGUUGUUAUAGAAGAUUAUAGAUUAGUUGAUUUUGGAGCUCUAUAAUGGGAUGAAAUAAAUUUUUUUACCAGGAUGUACAUAAGGGUGAUUUAAAGAAGGGUAAAAUCAGGAGCAAAAGAAAAAUAAAACUAUGUAUUUCUCUUGGUAGAAAACAUUAAUGUUUCUAUUGUGUUCAGAAGAAUUAUUUCAGUCUUAACAUUUGAGGGAAGGUGGACGGAUGGGGAUUGUAAUUCAUGCUAUCUUGAAAUCCAACUUUGGGUGUUCAGUUUUGAUAUUACAAACAAUUUCGGGGUCUUUAAUAGGCUAAAAAAUAACCUGAGGAAGAGCUUGUUGGGCUGGUUUGUGGCUGCAUACAGUAGCUAAGCCCAAAGUAGCCUUUAUGAGGGCAGCAGCAAUGGUGGUUGUAUCUUUUAUGAUUUUCUGCUUCCCCUUCCAGAGAAGUGCUGGUUGCUUAAGAUUUUUAGGUAUAGCAGGAAUUCCUAUCAAUGACAUUGGACUACUUUUUAUUUGAUCAUUUUCACUGAACUGAAUGGCCACCUCCAAAAUUUUGUUUGGAAAUGUGCAUGCUGUCUGGAAGACAAGAUAUAUGCAGAAUUUCCCCUUCCCAUAUCAUUUUUUCCAAGCAGCAAGACCUCUUCAUAGAGAUCUGUGUGCUUUCUUUUUCUGCUUUUCCAAACUGCCAACAAGUAAUUUUGAGACUGUACCUUGACAGUUUGUUGCUGAUAACUUUUUAAUUAUAACUAAUAUUAUAAUUAUUAUGCCAAUUGGGUUCAUAGAUUGUAGCAUUUUUGUAAAUCAAGGAAAA